UCCCCGCCCGUUGGGGGGGCCGGGGGAGCAGAGACCCCCCCGCGGCCCCACCUGUAGGAUGGGAGGUGGCUGAGCCCCCCCGCCUCCCCCGCCCCUUCUUCUCCGUCCUGCCCCCCCGCCCCCCCCUUCGCCAUGGGCUGUAACAUGUGCCUGGUGCAGAAGCCCGAGGAGCAAUACAAGGUCAUGCUGCAGGUGAACGGGAAGCAGCUCUCCAGGCUGUCCCAGGAGCAGACGCUGGAAGCCCUUCGCUGCUCCAAGGAGCCGCUGGUCAUCCAGGUUCUGCGGCGCAGCCCCCGGGCGCGGGGCGGGGGGGAGGGGGCCGCCCCCCCCGGGGACCCCGCCACCCUGGUGGACAGCGGGACGCAGACGGACAUCACCUUCGAGCACCUGCUGGCGCUGGGCCGGCGGCGCCCCCCCAGCCCUCCCGCCGGGACCCUGGAGACCUUCGGGAUCCCCGAGCUCCCCCCCUUUGGGCAUGAAUACUAUGACCCUGUGGAGUUCAUGGAAGGGGGCCCCACAGAGACAGAGCGGGCAGAGGAACUCGAGUAUGAGGAGGUGGAAUUGUACAAAUCGAGCCACCGGGACAAGCUGGGGCUGACGGUUUGUUACCGGACGGACGACGAGGACGACGUGGGAAUCUAUGUUGGAGAGGUGAAUCCCAACAGCAUCGCCGCCAAGGACGGACGCAUCCGAGAGGGCGACCGCAUCGUCCAGAUUAACGGGGUGCAGGUCCAGGACCGCGAGGAAGCCGUCGCCAUCCUGACCCAGGAGCAACAAACGAACAUCUCGCUGCUGCUGGCCAGGCCCGAGACCGAGCUCUCCCGGCGCUGGAAGGACAGUGACCGUGACGAUUUCCUGGACGACUUCGGCUCUGAGCACGAACGCGAAAUGAGACCCCGAGCGACCCCUGGGCAGCAGCCUGCCGCGGCCCCCGCCCCGCCCAGCGCCGGCCCCCCGCUCCCCCACAGCCAGGAGCUGGACAGCGGGGUGGGCCGGACGGACGAGAGCACCCGGAACGAGGAGAGCUCGGAGCACGACCUGCUGGGGGACGAGCCCCCCAGCUCGGCCGGCACCCCGGCCCCCCAGCGUCGCCCGGCCCCGCUGCAGGCCCGGGACUUCCACUUCAGCCUGGACUCGCUGCUGCCUGCGCCCGAGGUGCCGGGGCUGACGGACGCCGAGUCCGAGCGGUACCGGGAGCUGCUGGAGCUGCGGGGGCACCUGGCCAACGGGAACGGCCCCGGCCCCUUGCACCCCGGCCUGGACCUCGACCUCAACCGCAACCGCGCGGUGCUGCUGGAGGAGGAGCUGCGGCACCUGCAGUUCAAAUGCCGCAACAUCCUGCGGGCGCAGAAGAUGCAGCGGCUGCGGGAGCGCUGCCUCAAGGCCUGGCUGCUGGAGGAGGAUGGGGGCCCCCCCCCGGCCGGCGAGGGGCCCCCCCCGGCCCCGCUGGCCGACAUCACCGAGGUGCCCGAGCGCUCGGAGAAGGACAGCACCAGCGCCUACAACACGGGCGAGAGCUGCCGGAGCACCCCGCUGCUGGAGAGCCCCGGCCCGCGCCCCGACCCCCCGCCCAAGCCGGGCCGGCUCCGGCGCCCCCGGGAGGGCAGCCCCGGGCUGGCGCGCCGGGCGCGGGACGAGAGCCCGGCGCCCGGCGGGCUGGCGGGCGGUGCCCGGGCGGAGUGGAAGGGGAAGGCGCGGGGCGAGGGCACCCGGCGCCCGGGCCGGGACCGGCUGCUCAAGGCGCGGGCGCUGAAGAUCCGGGAGGAGCGGAGCGGCAUGACCACGGACGACGAUGCCGUCAGCGAGAUGAAGAUGGGCCGGUACUGGAGCAAGGAGGAGCGCAAGCAGCAGCUGCUGCGGGCCCGGGAGCAGCGCCGGCGCCGGGAACUCAUGCUGCAGAGCCGGCUCGACUGGCAGCGGGAGGCGGGGGGGGCCCCGGGGGCCCCCGACCAACUCACCAUCCUGGCACUCAGCCACCGCAAGAGCCUCAAGAAGCGCAGCCGGCGCAUCCUGGACAAUUGGAUCACGAUCCAGGAGAUGCUGGCGCACGGCGCCCGCUCGGCCGACGGGCACCGGGUCUACAAUCCGCUGCUGUCCGUCACCACCGUCUGAGGGGGCGGGGCCCGGCCUGGAGACUCGCUUUCUCCCCCAUGUGCCAGGAUGUGGGGGUGAGCCUGCCUCCCCCACGUCGCCACCAUCGGAGGAC